AUGGAGGAUUCUAAAGAAUCGGAAUUUGGAAUCGUAGGACUGGGCGUAAUGGCCUCGGCAUAUGCCACAAAUUUGUAUUUCAGAGGCUUCAAAGUCUCGGUUUGGACCAGAAGUCAAAAAGAAAUAGAAAUCUUCAAUGAAAAACUUAAGGAACAACCUAAAUUUAAUGGUUUGGAUGCAGAUUCUGUUGAUUUGACCAGAGUUAAAUGCUAUAUGAAUCUCGAGGAAUUUGUUUUAAGUUUGAAUAGACCGAGAAUGAUUCUUAUCCUAAUCAUAGCAGGAGAAGCUGUUGAUUGUGUGCUUGACAAACUUAUUCCGCUCUUGGACCGAGAUGAUUUGGUGGUUGAUGGUGGGAAUGAGUGGUAUAAUAACACUGAGAGAAGGAUUCUGAGGUGUAAAGAGGAGGGAAUUCGAUACUCCGGGAUGGGAAUCAGCGGAGGAGAACGUGGUGCCCUAACACAUCCCUGUCUAAUGUUUGGGGGUAAUUUUGAGGAUUAUAACAAGCUUAAGCGAAUAAUGUCACAAGCUGAUACUGAUUUUUACGUUGGGCCCGGGUCCUCAGGCCACUACGUUAAAAUGGUCCACAAUGGCAUAGAAUACGCCCUAAUGCAAGUUAUUUCAGAGUUGUACAAGCUGAUGAAGUUUGAAAACUUCAUGAGUAAUUUAGAGAUUUCCUCAGUGUUCAACAGCUGGCACUCUCAAAAUUAUUCUUACUUGCUCCAAAUAACACAGAUGAUAUUGCAAGUUAAAGAAGGAGAAGAACACUUGUUGGACAAGAUUAUGCCAUGUGUUUCAUCAAAUGGAACGGGGAAGUGGACCGUUCAGGACUCAUUUGAUAGGGGUGUUCCAGUUCCUUCUAUAGCAAUUUCUGUGGAUAUGAGAAGUUUCAGUAAUUUGUCUCAUCACUCUAACACUAAUAACACUGUUAAAACUAGUGAAAGGAGUGAAAAAUAUAAAAUUGAUGAAUUAAAAAUAACAUAUAUGUGUACUUUAAUAAGCAUUUUUUCUCAAGGAUUCCACUUAAUUAGUGAGGCGUCAAGGGAGUUUGGGUGGGACCUGAACCUAUGUAAAUUAGCUAAUAUAUGGUCAAGAAAUGCCAUAAUCAGUUGUGAUUUGCUAAAUGAAAUCUCAAAAUCAUUUAAAGAAAAUGAUCAAAUGUUACCUUUCCAUCCAAAGUUUAACGGAGUAUUAAGGGAUAACAUGAAUGUUUGGAAAAAAGUUGUAAAAAUGUGUUUGGAAAAUGAUAUUCCAGUGCCAGGAAUCGGAAACAGCUUACAAUAUAUACAAAUUCUGUUCAACAAACAUGUUAAUAAAAUUUUUUAUUUAAUUUAA